AUGUACACCCCAGCAGCCACAGCCCCAAGCAGGCUUCGAGACAACACCAAGAAAGCAGCAAACGCUGCCACCAUUGCUGCUGCUGCUGCUGCUGCUGCUGCUGCUGCUGCUGCAGGUGCUGCAGCUGCUGCAGUGCUCUCUACCCUGGGGGGCCCCCCAUCAGAACCGCAGAGGAAGACGGGGGCCCCUAACCUUCUUCUUCUUCUUUGGGCUUCAUCAUCGUCCGCCCCUCCUACAGCAGCAGCAGCAGCAGCAGCAGCAGCAGCAACAGCGGAAGCGCCCGCAACAGCAGCAGCUGAAGCAGCAUCAAGCACAACAACUGCCUCAUCCGCACCCGCUGCAGCAGCAGCAACAGCUUCAGAGACAAUAUCAACUCCAGCAGCAGCAGCGUCAGGCCCAGAAGUAGCAGCAGCAGGCCCAGAAGUAGCAGCAGCAGGCCCAGAAGUAGCAGCAGCAGGCCCAGAAGUAGCAGCAGCAGGCCCAGCAGCAGCAGCAUCAGGCGCAGCAGCAGCAGCAGCAUCAGGGCCAGCAGCAGCACCAGCAUCAUCAUCAUCAGCGGCAGGAGAAGCAGGCGCAGCAACCCCAGCAGCAGCAGGAGGAACAGCAGCAUCAGCAGCAGCAAGCCCAGCAGCAGCAGCAGCAAGCCCAGCAGCAGGAGCAGCAGCAGCAGGAGCAGCAGCAGCAGCAACAGCAGGAGUGUGUCGCCCUCCUUCUGAUGGUUGUUUAGCUGUAGUUGUCGAUUUAAAUGCAGACAUUUGGCGGAGGCCCUCUGCUUUAAAUUCUUUUUUAGACAAAACACAGCCGAUACCCGUGCAGCUGCAAAAGAGGAUCCAGCAGCAGCAGCAGCAGCAGCAGCAGCAACAGCAGCAGCAGCAGCACCAGCAGCAGCACCAGCAUGACAGCGCUUUGGCGUUGGUGCGAUAUCUUGAUUUUAUAUCAGGUGCUGUCUCUCGGUUUGCGCGUGCGUUGGCUUUGCUGGCGCCUCAAAGUCGAUUGGCUGUAAUCGGAAUGAACGCCGACACCGCCAAAAUUCUCUGCGAGAUGGAGCCCCCUAAUUGGCUGUUGCUGCAGACAGGGUUUGAAGACAGCGGACUGUCUCUGCACCAGGCCCUCACAGACUUUGUCUUAAAUAAAGCAGAAGCUGCUGCUGCUGCGGAUGCUGCUGCUGCUGCUGCUGAUGCUGCUGCGGAUGCUGAUGCGCCUGCUCCUGAUGCCGAUGCUGCUGCUGAAAGCAGAAUGGAGGUGGACGGAGCAGCAGCAGCAGCAAAUCCCCCUGCUGCUGCUGCUCCUGCUGCUGCUGCUGCUCCUGCUGCUGCUGCUGCUCCUGCUGCUGCUAAGCAGCGCAGCAGCUGCAGAAGGGGCGAGUCGCUGCUGGCGGGGGCCCUAUCGAUGGCGUUGUGCUACGUGCAUCGUUGGCUGGGGGGAGGGCCUGAAGCGGAGAGCCGCGUGCUGCUGCUAGACACCUCAAGAUCAGGGUUUUAUGCUUCUCAGUAUAUUCCGCUCUUAAAUACUGCAUUUGCUGCUAACAAACUCGGAGUAGCCAUUGACUGCUGCUCGCUGCUACCCGAUUGCUCGGGUUUAGUAGUCUGUCUUCAGUGCAGCAGUCUACCUGCACGGAUUUACUGCUCGGAAACCUCCGACAACGGCAAGGAGAGAAUUUCUUGUGAUGUUUGCAAGUCUCGCUUUGCAAAGGGUUUACUCAAAGCCAAGUUAGCGGCAUCUGUAGAUGCCUCAAAGUAUUAA